GGGGCCGUAAGGCGAAAUCCGAAUGCGAGAACUUGCAAGCUACAGAGAUAGCUGUGAGAGGACGCAUGGGUGGCAGAAGACCAUCUGUAAACGGAGUUUAAUGAAACCCAUGUUAAAAAGCAUUUGUAUUUAUAAACACUUAUUUGUGGUGACACCUUAAUGUUCUGACUUUAGGCCAGAGUGAGUCACAGGAUGAAGUUCACGCACUUGAUGGUUAUCGUUGUUGCAGUGUCUUUCUCCGCAUUCAACACAGGUUGGUUAUACGUAUUGCUCCCAGCAUAUGAACAAUUAUGUCAUCUCAUCAUGAAGAGAGCAAAUCGAACACGACAGUGUAACUCCCCAGAGAUUUAUGCGAUUGUCUAAACGAUAGGUCGUCAAAGUCAAUUUAUCCGAUCCCGCGUAAAUAGAUCUGUUUACAGGCACGCACUGAUUCAAAUAAUAUAAACACACAAACUUUAAAAUAAAGGAACAAAAUCACACACAAAUAAAAGGUUCAGACGAAUUCCCCAACCAGUCAACCACGUUACGAACACUAUUCAACUACCUCCCUUCCUCAGCCUCCCGAAUUUUUUUAACUGAAGUUGAUUCUUACCUUCUGUGUUUCAGUCCUCGCCCUCCGAUGUAAUGUGUGCAUAAGCUCAGUCUCCUGGGAUGACUGUGAACAGAACACUCAAAAGUUGACGUGCGAAUCAGAGGAUACUUACUGUCACCGCCACAUGACGAGUUCUGAGGUUAUGGGCAUCACGAUUGUAACUUUUUCAAAAGGUUGUGCAACAUCUGACAAAUGCACACCUGAAGCAAUUGAUCGGUGUAAAAACGCUAAAAACACUGACCUUCAGGGAAUGCCUGGAGUUACAGCAGUCGAUUGUGACUUGAAAUGCUGCCAGGGAGAUUUGUGUGAUUAGCAUGUAAAAUGAUUCACACCAGAGUAAACGAUUUUCUCAGUAGGAUGUUAGGAG